AUGGGAGGAAACUCAGAAGAGAAGCACGAGGAUAAGGUUGAGAAGAAGGAGAAGAAACACGAGGAAGAAGGAGAUGAGAAAAGGAAGGAAAAGAAGGGAAAAGAUAAGGAUAAGGAAGGAAAAGAAGGUGAAAAGAAAGAGAAGAAGCCAAAGGAUCCUGCGGAUAAGAAAGACCCAACAAAACUCAGACAGAAACUGGAGAAGCUUGAAGUUAAGAUGCAGGCUUUGGCGGUUAAGAAAGAAGAGGUCUUGAAAUUGCUCCAUGAAGCUGAACAGAAUGCUGCUGCUGCCCCUCCGCCUUCCUCUUGA